AUGCCUGUUACAAAAGAUCAAACAGAAGAUUCAUAUGGCUCUGAUUUAUCCAUUGAUCCUGAGAAGACUAUUCCCGAGCCCCCGAAAUACGAAAGACAGAUAUGUCUUGAUGAUGCUAGAUCUUUGACAAAUUUCUUGAAGCUAUCAAGGCUGAACGUUGAUGAUUCAAUUAGGAUCCAACUUAACGCGUUUAUAAAUCACCAUGAAUCGAAAUCUAAGAAAUCCAUACUGUCUUUUAAGAUGCCAGAUCAUCAAUCGGAGUCACCUUGUCUACCAUUAAUUAGAGAACUCAUUUUUCCCCAGUGGUACAAACGACUCGAUGCUAUUAAGUAUUGCUCGAAUGAGGUCCAAAAAAUGUCGCAAGAAGUGAAAGAUGAUCCGCUGAAUAACUUGUCAGAGGAGAAGCAAAAUGAGCUUUUAAGAGUGGAUCCAUAUGCUAUGAGGGAUAUAGAAAGAGCACGCGUUGAAAAAAAUGAUACAGUUGAGGCCUUAAAAACCAAAUGGUCAAAUGCUGAACAAGUUGAAGGCAUUAUCAGGGAUAGAACUGAGGGAGUUAUCUAUGAUAUUUGUGACAUAAAUAACUUUAACGUGAAACAGGAGUUUAUCAAAUAUUCAAACGAAAUGGCACACAGAAAAUUGUAG